UGAAGGGCCCAACACAAGAGGUGGCAUGGAUUGAAUCCCAAAAACCCGCCAUUCUCUCUUCAUUCUUUUUCAUUUCCUUCUCACUGUUCUUUCUUUGCACUCUAUCUCGUCUAAACCCUUCAAUUGCUACUUUCUCUUACUCAAUCCACACCCAGUCAUGUAUGGCGGUGACGAAGUAUCAGCCAUAGUAAUAGACCUNGGUUCGCAUACAUGCAAAGCCGGUUAUGCUGGCGAAGAUGCUCCCAAGGNCGUUUUCCCCUCUGUUGUUGGUGCAAUUGAUCAAAUGGACAUUGAUGGACCUGUUCAUGCUGGAGUGUCAUCUGGAUCUGCUGUGGAUUUACAGAACAAUAAAAAAAAUCAUGAAUCUGACAGAACCAAGGAAAAAUGCAAACUUUAUAUAGGAUCUCAGUCUUUGGGAUACCGUCGAGACUAUAUGGAGCUGCUCUCACCAUUGAAGAAUGGAGUUAUUGUUGACUGGAAUAUUGUUGACAACAUAUGGGAUCAUGCUUUGAGGGAAUGCCUCUUAGUUGAUCCUAAAGAGCGUCCAAUGCUACUUGCCGAACAAUGUUCCAACACUCAAGAACAGAGAGAAAGGGCAGCAGAACUUAUGUUUGAAAAAUAUAAAGUACCAGCAUUGUUUUUGGCGAAGAAUGCGGUAAGUUGUUUGAUUUAUACUUCUCUGUUCUUUAGUACAUUCUUUCUUCCAUUGCUCAUUGUUUUACCGUUUAUUUUGCAGAUCAUAGAGAGCAUUAAUAAGUGUGAUGUGGACAUUCGUAGAGAACUAUUUAGUACCAUACUGCUUACUGGUGGUACAGCUUCGAUGCAACAACUGAAGGAACGCAUUGAGAAAGACUUGCUAGAGGAGUCCCCUCAAGCUGCUAGAGUUAAAGUAUUUGCCAGUGGCAAUGCUACUGAAAGAAGGUUCAGUGUUUGGAUAGGGGGGAGUAUAUUGGCUUCUCUUGGCUCCUUCCAGCAGAUGUGGUUCUCCAAGUCUGAGUAUGAAGAGCAAGGGGCUUCUUAUAUCCAAAGAAAAUGCCCCUGAGUUUCCAACUGGAGUUUAUUACUUCCAUCGAGAUCCCGGCAAUUUCAGGAAGUCAUGUUGAUUAUAAACUAUGCUGAUAUAACUACAGUGUAACUGGCAUAACCUCAUUUUCUUUUUUCUGCGUCGCGCUGGAUCCCCUUCCAUAUUGUGUAAUGAAUAUGCUAUUGACGUUGUACUUGGAUGAUUCUAAUGCAGUAGUAUUCGUGGCAUUACUUGCAAUGCACUUUAAGAACGCCAAAAA